GUGGCAGCGCCGGGCUCAGAGAGGCAUCAGUCCGCCGCCGCCGGGGCUGGAGCCGGGGCUGCAACUGGAAGUGGAGCUGGACGCGGAGGAACUGAAGCUGGGCCAGGGCGCAGCGCAGCACCGCGCCGGGGCCGCAAGGAGGGGCGUUUCGCUGCUGGCCCACCGCGAGCCGCCCUCAGCGCGCGCCAAGGCGCCCUCUCGCCAGGCCGCCUGCCUCCGCCUUCCGCCUCCCUCCAUUUCCCCGGAAUCUCAGCCCGGCGCGCCUGCACCCCGGUCCUUCUUUGGGUGGGGAAACUCCCGGCCGCUUUCUGGCUUCACUUCCUCGCAGCCUGGGCUCUCAGCCCCCUCUCUUCUUCUCCUGGACUGGGUCUCACCUCCUUCGAUCCCCUUCCUUUAGCUCAGGCUCCCUUCCCCUUACCUUAGCCGAGUCCCAGCUCAUCAGUCACUUUCCUCAGCCGAGGGUCCCCACCCUCCCUUUUCCUUUUCCUUGCCUGGAAUCCAACCCAUCCUGUCCCUUCCUCUGUCCCUAGGGUGCAGUCUCUCCCCUCCCCCACCCCCUUCCCAGGCCUGGAGUUCCAGACCUUUUGGUCUUCUCUUACGGUCCUGAGUCCUUGUCCCUGUUCCCCAGUUUGGAGUUGUAGAUCGUGAACCCAGCCUUCCUCCACUUCCAGAGGACUGCUUCCACAAAAACACAUCUCUAAAACAUGAACUUUGCUUAGAGACUCCCCCAGUUUCUCUUCCCCCAUUGCUGACCCCCUGCUACCUAUGUCCCAGGUCUUACUCUCACUUUGCUAAGGGUCGAGGGUGGCAGCAGGAUGCUUCUCUGGUCUGGUGUCUGUGGCCUCUCUCCGCCUCGAAUCUUCCCUUCCCUGCUCGUGGCAGUAGCCUUGGUGGGGCUGCUACCCGUUCUUAGAAGCCAUGGCCUCCAGCCCAGCCCUACUGCCAGCACCAUCAGAGGCUCAGAGCCACCACGGGAACGCUCCAUUGGGGAGGUCACCACCGCCCCACCGGAGCUCGCCCCCGAGAGCCGCCCUGUUAACCAUUCCUUCACUGAACACAGCCUGAAAUCUCGAAAGGCCUUUCCAGUCCUGGGCAUCGACUACACACACGUGCGCACACCCUUCGAAAUCUCCCUGUGGAUCCUGCUGGCCUGCCUUAUGAAGAUAGGUUUCCAUGUGAUCCCCACCAUCUCGAGCAUUGUCCCGGAGAGCUGCCUGCUGAUCGUGGUGGGGCUGCUGGUGGGGGGCCUGAUCAAGGGCGUGGGCGAGACGCCCCCCUUCCUGCAGUCAGACGUCUUCUUCCUCUUCCUGCUGCCGCCUAUCAUCCUGGAUGCGGGCUACUUCCUGCCGCUGCGGCAGUUCACAGAGAACCUGGGCACCAUCCUGAUCUUCGCUGUGGUGGGCACGCUGUGGAAUGCCUUCUUCCUGGGCGGCCUCAUGUACGCCGUGUGCCUGGUGGGCGGCGAGCAGAUCAACAACAUCGGCCUCCUGGAAAACCUGCUCUUCGGCAGCAUCAUUUCAGCCGUGGACCCCGUGGCCGUGCUGGCCGUCUUCGAGGAAAUUCACAUCAAUGAGCUGCUGCACAUCCUUGUCUUCGGGGAGUCCCUGCUCAAUGACGCCGUCACUGUGGUCCUGUAUCACCUCUUUGAGGAGUUUGCCAACUACGACCGCGUGGGCAUCGUGGACAUCGUCCUCGGCUUCCUGAGCUUCUUCGUGGUGUCCCUGGGCGGGGUGUUUGUGGGCGUGGUCUACGGGGUCAUCGCUGCCUUCACCUCCCGGUUCACCUCCCACAUCCGCGUCAUCGAGCCGCUCUUCGUCUUCCUCUACAGCUACAUGGCCUACCUGUCAGCCGAGCUCUUCCACCUGUCGGGCAUCAUGGCACUCAUUGCCUCGGGAGUGGUGAUGCGCCCCUACGUGGAGGCCAACAUCUCCCACAAGUCCCACACAACCAUCAAGUAUUUCCUGAAGAUGUGGAGCAGUGUCAGCGAGACCCUCAUCUUCAUCUUCCUCGGUGUCUCCACCGUGGCUGGCUCCCACCACUGGAACUGGACCUUUGUCAUCAGCACCCUGCUCUUCUGCCUCAUCGCCCGAGUGCUGGGCGUGCUGGGCCUGACCUGGUUCAUCAACAAGUUCCGCAUCGUGAAGCUGACCCCCAAGGACCAGUUCAUCAUUGCCUACGGGGGCCUGCGAGGGGCCAUCGCCUUCUCCCUGGGCUACCUCCUGGACAAGAAGCACUUUCCCAUGUGUGACCUGUUCCUCACGGCCAUCAUCACCGUCAUCUUCUUCACCGUCUUUGUGCAGGGCAUGACCAUUCGGCCCCUGGUAGACCUGCUGGCUGUGAAGAAAAAGCAAGAAACGAAGCGCUCUAUCAACGAGGAGAUCCACACGCAGUUCCUGGACCACCUUCUGACAGGCAUCGAGGACAUCUGUGGCCACUACGGCCACCACCACUGGAAGGACAAGCUCAAUCGGUUUAAUAAGAAGUAUGUGAAGAAGUGUCUGAUAGCUGGCGAGCGCUCCAAGGAGCCCCAGCUUAUCGCUUUCUACCACAAGAUGGAGAUGAAGCAGGCUAUCGAGCUGGUGGAAAGUGGGGGCAUGGGCAAGAUCCCCUCUGCCGUCUCCACCGUCUCCAUGCAGAACAUCCACCCCAAGUCCCUGCCUGCCGAGCGCAUCCUGCCAGCACUGUCCAAGGACAAGGAAGAGGAGAUCCGCAAGAUCCUGAGGAAUAACUUGCAGAAGACCAGGCAGCGGCUGCGGUCCUACAACAGACACACGCUGGUGGCAGACCCCUACGAGGAGGCCUGGAACCAGAUGCUGCUCCAGAGACAGAAGGCCCGGCAACUGGAGCAGAAGAUCAACAACUACCUGACGGUGCCGGCCCACAAGCUGGACUCGCCCACCAUGUCGCGGGCCCGCAUUGGCUCAGACCCGCUGGCCUAUGAGCCAAAGGCCGACUUGCCUGCGAUCACCAUCGACCCAGCCUCCCCACAGUCGCCCGAGUCUGUGGACCUGGUGAACGAGGAGCUGAAGGGCAAGGUCUUGGGGCUGAGCCAGGAUCCAGAAAGGGUGGCCGAGGAGGACCAUGAGGACGACAGGGGCAUCAUGAUGCGGACCAAGGAGCCCUCGUCCCCAGGCACCGACGACGUCUUCAGCCCUGCGCCGAGUGACAGCCCCAGCUCCCAGAGGAUACAGCGCUGCCUCAGUGACCCAGGCCCCCAUCCUGAGCCUGGGGAGGGAGAGCCUUUCAUCCCCAAGGGCCAGUAGCACUGGGGCCAGCGGGCAGUGCCCGUCCCACCACAGACUCUCCCACCAGAGCAGGGGCCUGCUGGCGGGGCUCCCCUCGUCCUUCCCGACCUGGAUUGGCCCUGCCCCUCCCCCUGUCGCAUGGCAGCUGGGCCCAUAGCCCCCACCGCAGCACGGCUCCCCCUGCCUCCUGGGAAGCGCCCUCCCUCCCACCAGAACUGCCUUCCCAGUCCUUUGGCAGACCUGCUGGGCUGAGGCAAACCCUGCCCUUCCUGAUCCAAGCUCUCUCCCAUACCCAGACCAGGGCCUCUGAGUUUCCCAGACCUCAGAGGGCCCCCUCCCAAUCUGUCACCCUCCUCAUUGAAGUCAAUCUUAGUUUCUAACCAAAGAGCCUCUGGCUCAGCCUUGGUCCCUCCUGGAAAGGGAAGGAGCCGAGGCUUCUGUUGGCCUAAGCCAGGCCCUCCGUUAACAGCGUUAAGACUAGGGGACCAGGCAUCUGACUGGGGGAGGGAUCGGUGACCCAUGGCCAUCCCACCCUCCUCCAGCCAGCUCUGUCACCCUGGCCAGCCACCUGACCUGUCCUUACUCAGAGCUGCAGGCUGAGGGCAUCUCUGAGCUCUGUCUGGAGCUGGGGCGCUUUGGACGAUGAUAUGACUCAGCUCUCCAAACUGUGCUCCAGCGGGGACCACUGGGCCCUUCAGGGGCCGCUGCCAGGGGCUCCAGAAAGUGCUGCCUUUUUAUCUGUUUUGUUUGUUCACACUUCCAUGUAUGAUUCUGUUUGCACAGAGGGCAUUCCUGUUUUUAAAACAUUUCUGAAAACCUCUAGCUGAACAGAGCUCCAGCCAUCCUAUUCUGGAGCAUUAGCCAUCCUCAUUUGUGCCUGUCUGCCCAACACUCUCCCCCAAAACAGUCCUCUGUCCCCAGGGCUCUGAUUUCAGAAGUGACCUCACCCGCUCACAUACACACCCUAAUCAUGAUUUUCUCUAAGUCACAGACGCCGGGCCUCCUGGCACCUUCUUUCUCUUGGGCCUGACCCUCAGUUCCCGCUGGCCUGUUCUUUCUCUCAUCCCUCUCCACUCCCCCAUUGGCUCCUGGAACCUCUCUUAUAAGCACUGCACCCAGCUUGCUGUGGAGCCCCGUCCUCAGGGGAGGGGCCUCCCCUGAGCAUCUCCCACCGGCCAGGGCUGGUGGGUGGGCUGAGUCCUGGGCCCCCAGAGGCCUUUGCUCACAGACACACACUCCUAUCCCCACUGCCACCAUGGGCCAGGCCCAGGCCUCCUGGUGUCUGUCCUUCUCCCAAGGGUACUCCUUUCCCCAGGAUUGUGCAAUAGUCAGAGCAUCCCCCUUCCCAAUGGACUGGGCAGUGGGUGCUCAUCUGUCCCCCCUCUUCUCCAUGUAAGUGCUGUUUUGGGCAGGAGUCACCAUGCAAGGGUAACGUUGACAACCAUGUUCAAAGCCACCACAGCUGCUGCCGCUCUGCCGCCUGUACAGAAGAAACCGAAUCUUUUUCAUAUUCUAAUAAAUCCGUGUGAGUUUUUGAUAGA